UACUGUGCUUGUGUUGAAGAGUUCAGUCGUUAUCCCCGAACACAUCUAUCGAAUCAGAAACUGGACCUUCUCCGUUUCUUUUGCUCCGUGUUGGAGGUGCGUGGACGGUCCCGGGAAUCUCUGGAGAUGUUUCGGGUCUGACGCAGACCGAGAGGCGGGGGGCUAAGCUAACAGCUCAGUACUGGAGCAGAUGGCUAGGCUGAGCUAGGCUAUGCUAGGCUAACAGCUCCUUGGUAGAGCAGGCUAGGCUAAAGUAACAGCUUCUGUUGUGACUGGACCUUGAACUUGCGAAACUUUUCUAAAAGCAUUAGGACUUUGAUUUGUAAUAUAUUUGUUUUCAGUCUCUGAGAAGAUAAAAUACUUUAUUUUGCUUUGAUUUUGCGGUGGAAGCAGUUGUCUUAUCGUUCUAGCGGGCUUUGUCAGCAGGUUUGUUUGCGGCAGAACGACCCGGAGCGCGGAUCCGUCCAGGACCGCCGCAGGUGAGCCCAGAAGGAUUCGCUGAUAGUGGGGCUGCUUUCCUUGGACGCUGUGCUCCCCAGAGGACAGUUAGCAUGGAGGCUGCGGAGCCCCGCCGCGGCGGCUCGGAGCGGUUACAUAACGACAGCAGGUCGGCAGAGAAGCGGCUGAACGUCUCCUCCUCCUCCGCCUCCUCUUCAGCUCCGCUGUGACACUUUGCACGCAAACAGACCCGCAGCAGCAGCGACACGACGCCGACAGCCGCAGCAUGGAGGCGGUGUGACUGCAGCCCAGGCUGAACCCGCUCAGAAGAUGGAGUCCAACCCGCUGAUUAACGCUUUGGACCCGUCCAUCACAUUGUGGCAGUUCCUGCUGCACCUGCUGGAGGACCAGCACCAGCGCCACCUGAUCUCCUGGACCGGCGAGGACGGAGAGUUCAAGCUGCUGGACGCAGAGGAGGUGGCCCGCCUCUGGGGGCUGCGCAAGAACAAGCACAACAUGAACUACGACAAGCUGAGCCGCGCGUUACGCUACUACUACGACAAGAACAUCAUCAAGAAGGUUAGCGGUCAGAAGUUUGUCUAUAAGUUUGUGAGCCAGCCCGACCCGGCGCUGGCAGACGGGCCUCGCGGCGCCGAGGAGCUCCUGAAGAAAGACGCCGGCGACCCAAUCGGCCAGCAGAAGGGCCUCGGGGCCGUGGCCUCAGUCUGCCAGUCAAAGGGCUCGGCCCAGGUACGGCGCCUUGUUUCGCCUGGGCCCGGCGGCGCCCAGAAGAGCUCCAGGAACGACUACAUGAAGUCCGGCCUCUACUCCACCUUCACCAUCCAAUCCCUGCAGGCCCCGCCCAACCCCCGGCCAAUCAAAUCAGAGCUCCUGCUGCAGCCGGACCAACCCAAGGCCAGAGAGGUGAGCCUGCUGCCAGAAGGCCAGCUCCCUCCAGCUGGUGGCGCUGUGGACUGCCUGCAGCUCGCCCCCCAGGCCUCGCCCCACCCGGCGCUCAGCCCGCAGGCCUCAGCCAGCGGCCAGUCACAGAACCCCCCCGGCCCUCCUCUCAGCGACCCCCCCCACAUCUACCUCACCGGGGUGGGCGACUCGCCUCCUUUUGCCCCCCUCCUGCCCCUGGCUCCCGGCGGGACCCAAGGUCCAGACUCCGUCCCCGACGGGCCGCCGGCGCCCCUACUGGACGACCCCGCGGCCCCCGCCUCACCUGUCUUUGUCAUCAUCAACCCGUCGCCUCCGCCCGUCGUCAUCAAGGAGGAGAACCUGCCGUCGGAGGAGGAGCUGCUGGAGAUGGUGACCCUGCCGAGGAAGCAGGCGGACCAGGUUCCCCAGCUCAUCUGUGGCCCAGCAGAAUCAGAACCGCCCAUCACCAUCGUGGAGAGCCCCCCGCCUCCGGGGCCGGACGCCAGGAGGGUGGAAGUGGGCGGGGCCAAGGACUCUCUAGCAGAGCCCUCUGUUGCCACAGCAACGUGCUCCUCUUCAUCUUCGGCAUCAACCUCACCAUCUUGCGCCGGGCUGCCCAAACCCAAGAAGCCCCGGAUCCUGGAGCUGCCGUCCUCGUCCUCACCCUCCCUGCCGCCCGGCCUCUCCCUGGAUAAGGUGAACGCCGCUGUCAACAGUCUGUUGGCACCGGGCGCCGCCAACACAUUGACGCCGACCGUCAUCACCUCCCACGCCCUGACCCCGGUGCUGCUGACGCCCAGUGCUCUUCCCUCCACCAUCCUUUGGAGCACGCUCAGUCCUAUCGCCCCGCGCUCACCAGCCAAGCUGUCCUUCCAGUUUCCGGCCAACGGCAGCAACCAGAUCCACAUCCCGGCGCUGAGCGUGGACGGACUCUCCACCCCGGUGGUUCUGUCCCCGGGCCCACAGAAGCCCUGAUCCCGGGUCUCAGACUCCCUUUGGACCGAAUCCUGAGGCGUUUUCGCAGCGCCACCUGCUGGACUAAAGCCCGCGAAGAUGAUGAUGCCAGCUGGACGGCCUUCAUCCUCAUUUAAGCCCUCAUCUUCAUCAGAAUGACGCGGGACGACGCAGGGAACCCGAAGCGUCCGGAACUGACCGGAACCAGAAACUGAAGCUGAUUGGUUCUCUGUAACCAUGGCAACGCUGAUCAGCGCCACGCCGGUCUGAGAAUCGGGGUGAAAGGUCGGCGCAGCCGGAACGUUGGGAUUCCGUUCAUUUAUCCUGGAUUUGCUCCAGACGUUCCUGACCCGACUUGGGUCGGAUUAAGAUCGUUUUACAGACCGAGCUCCGAUUGGCCGCACUGGAGGCCACGCCUUCCCUGCAACGGACCAAUCGCUGAGCAGCAUCUGCUUCCUGCCUGCAGGGGGCGCUCACAUUCCUCUGCCUGCAGGGGCGCUCACAUUCCUCUGCCUGCAGGGGGCGCUCACAUUCCUCUGCCUGCAGGGGGCGCUCACAUUCCUCUGCCUGCAGGGGGCGCUCACAUUCCUCUGCCUGCAGGGGGCGCUCACAUUCCUCUGCCUGGACUUCAAACAUGUAAAUAUUCCUCCGUUGCCAAUGAUCGGUUCUGGUGAGGCGGGUUCGAUCAGAACCGCUGAACUGGUUCUGGUUGCCAUGGCAACUGGUUGAUCCACAAUGGACUUUGCUAAAACUUGUUUUUGGACCAGAACCGGAGCGCUUAGGCUGGAUUGUUCUCAGAACAGAUGGUCUUUAAGGGUUCUGGUUUCAGGAACGUCGGACUGUUUCUGCCUGGAGAACGUCGAACCAUUGGUGAACUCUGACUUUAGGGUCUAGCGCCUGCUGUGGUUCUGACCGCAUCGGACCGGGUUCAGGGAGUGUCUGAGCUGGAAAAAGAUGAAAUUCACGUCUGUUUCUAAAUGAAAAAGCGGGCGAAUGUUGCCGAGCGGCUCUGAUGGACGCCGAGCGGCUCUGAUGGACGCCGAGCGGCUCUGAUGGACGCCGAGCGGCUCUGAUGGACGCCGAGCGGCUCUGAUGGACGCCGAGCGAGAAGCCGUCUGUUUGGCUGUGGUUGCCACGGUAACCUGACAUGACUGUUGCCUUCACAUUGUUUCUGAGAGUCGCUGAGGCUGCCGCAGGCCCACCGUCACAGAGGUCACAGAGGUCAGGUCCUGGACUGGAUCUUUUCAGGGAAAGGUCAGAGCUGAGCGGCGCUGCACGCUCGCUCGCACUGGGACGGUAUCCUAGUACGUAUCUGACCUUUCUCCGUUGCACUCUGACCUUUCCCUGACACUCCGACUUGGACAGACUCAAAUUCCAGAGAUUGUCUUGGAUUUGGGACACAGCCGGGUCACAGACACCAAGUCUGGACCUUCAGACUCGGACCAUCAGAACCGUUGCUGCUCAGAAACUGGGUCCUGAUGAGGAACCAGGAUUUCUGAGUUUCAGUUCCUUUGGCCGAGUUCUCGUGUCGACUGUGUCCUGAUGAUGGGCUUUCCCAGCCUCUGCGAGUCCCUGAAUGCAGCAUGACUUUUCUACCAGAGAUUCGAGUUUAUUUUGUUCUCAAAGUUGCCUUAAAGAUCUUGAGCAGCAGGAAGGAGGUUCUGGAAGAUUCAAGAAGCCAUUUUGUGGACCAGAACAUUUCUCUCACCAGCAGAACCUGAAGAAUGUCUCCACACCGAUCACUCAGCAUUUCCUCAUGCUGCUCCGUGUGGUUCUGUUUGAUGGAACUGGACCCGACUUCUGAAGGUAUCUGCAGAACCCGAAGCUCCAUUCAGACCCGACCAUUUCUGUGUGUGGGUGUGACCUGUUCAGCUCUGCCUGUCAAUGGAAAACCUGGCAGGUGUCCGCUGAGCAGAACCUAAAGGUUUGGUUCUGACAUGAGGUCUGAUGGAGGCUUCAGCAGAACUUCAGAGUCUCUGUUUACCCGGUUCCUUGGGCCAGAACAUUAUGAGUCCCUGUCGGGGCUUCAGAGCCCCACCAACCGUCUGACGACACUAACGUCUUAAGACCGCCGUCCGGUGGUCCCUGGCUCCACCUCCUGUAGGUCGGGUGGUCCCUGGCUCCGCCUCCUCUAGGUCGGGUGGUCCCUGGCUCCGCCUCCUCUAGGUCGUGUGGUCCCUGGCUUCGCCUCCUGUGGGUCGUGUGGUCCCUGGCUCCGCCUCCUGUAGGUCGGGUGGUCCCUGGCUCCGCCUCCUGUAGGUCGGGUGGUCCCUGGCUCCGCCUCCUGUAGGUCGGGUUGUCCCUGGCUCCGCCUCCUGUAAGUCGGGUGGUCCUGGCUCCGCCUCCUGUAGGUCGGGUGGUCCCUGGCCGCCUCCUGUAGGUCGGGUGGUCCCUGGCUCCGCCUCCUCUAGGUCGGGUGGUCCCUGGCUCCGCCUCCUGUAGGUCGGGUUGUCCCUGGCUCCGCUUCCUGUGGGUCGUGUGGUCCCUGGCUCCGCCUCCUGUAGGUCGGGUGGUCCCUGGCUCCGCCUCCUGUAGGUCGGGUGGUCCCUGGCUCCGCCUCCUGUAGGUCCGGUGGUCCCUGGCUCCUCCUCCUGGUGGCGUUGAUGUUCUGGAGUUUUCUUUCUGACAUGCUGAUCUUUUCUUUUAUUCAGCGUGGUGGGCGGGGCUAAAACCCUAUUUGAAUUAUGACCCAUGAAGCUUUGCAGACAGGAAACUCCAGAACGUUCUCUGUACAUAAAUGAUCCUCCUGAUCACAUGACUGUUUAUCCUGCACUAUGUGACUGGGCUGACCAAUGACAUGUUGUUUCUGUCGUCACUCUUCAAGGCAUGGCUCCGCCCCUCCUCGACUGCCAUUGGCUGGAGGGUUGAUUGAUGUAAGGGGGCGGGGCCUGCGUUUAUUUUUCUGGGUGUGACGACGAACUUUAAAUCAAAAGAUAUUUUUAUUUGAUGUCAAUGUUGUUUUCUAUGAUCGCAUCAGGAAAUAAAGAUUCAUCCGAGUCUCA